AGGAUCCAACGUUAAGAAAAUCGUUGGUAGGACCCCGAUUCUCGUGAACAAGAAGCGCCACAAGCACAAGGAGCGUUUUGUUUAUUUCCUCUUCUAACGUUACAUCUUUUCCCUACAUAAUACAUUUUUCUGUCAAAUAAAAUACACAAAUCCUCACAUUAUUCGUCAUCAAACUUUCCAUUUUUCUUCUAUUUAAACCACAACCCAUUUAUUCUCUUAACAUCAAAGAAAGUUUAUAUUCUUUUUAGGAAAAAUAAAAAAGGCGUCUACUCUGAAAAAGCGAUGGAAUUUGAGUCUGAUGAUCAAGAACGUUUAUGUGCGACUCCAAAGCUUCCUCUGUUCUCGAUUCCAUUAAAUAGAGCAUUUGAUACUCCUGGCCUAGCGACGCCGCCUGUGAACAUCGCCGGAUCAGUUCCAUUUCUAUGGGAGGAAGCUCCGGGAAAGCCUCGCGUUUCCGAUGAGAACAAACCUCCUGCGUCAAAGCAGAACGCCGGAGGAGGAGGGGGAGUUGUGAGGUGCCUUGAGCUUCCGCCGAGGCUGAUUUCGCCAGCCACAGCAGAUGAGCCAUCUCCGACCACAGUUCUUGAUGGUCCUUACGUUACACCUCGCCGGUCUUUGUCAGUGAUAUGGAGAAGCGAAAAACAAUCCGAGUGUAGCUCCAACUCUUCACAUUCCACGAACGGUCGCUGCUGCGAUGGUGGCGGCACAACGGUGAAGAUAAGCAGAGUUAGAAGAAAAGGAAGCCUUGUGAACCUUUCUCACUCAAAAUCUGAUUUCUUGGCAAGGGUUUACAAAGGAUUUAAGCAAGUGAUUCCAUGGAGGCGUAGGCAAGAUAAUCUUCCAAGAAUGAGUUCUUCCAAUAUUUAGAAAGAAAUCUCUCCAGUUUCUUUGUAAUAUUCCUCUGUAUAUAAUAAUUUACAGACAUGAGAAAAUAAUUAUAGUAAUACUUCAUCUAUUUUAAUAUACAAGUCCUAGUAAAGAUUUUU